ACGCUUGGAAUCUGCUGUGUUCUCCUCCCUCGCCCCCACCCCCACAUUGAAUGGACCCGGCUUCGUUGAGAUUGUAGAACAUCUUCCAAUCAGGAGGCCAGGCUGGCUAGGGCGACCGCUGGCUGAGUCGGGUCGGAUGAGGGAUGAUGUGAGAACAUUCUUGCCUUCGAGGGAAUCUUGAUGUGCUCUUUUGAUUUCAUGUUUAUCAGUUUCGACAAUCUGGAUAGGGGGUAAAAAGCGGGAUCGUAUACGUCCAGCGACUCCGCUGAUACUCUUGUUCGUCAGUCAACAUACGAGAGCUGUUCGUUCGGUCGGCAAUGUCGGUACAGACGGUACGUGAUCAUUUGUGGGGAAUGACUCUCGGUUCAGACCCGAGAGACUACUUGGCUUAGCUUCAUUGAGUCCUCGUUCAUCGUCAUAAGAUUUGAUGAUCAAGAUAGGGUUGAAGGCGGCAGAGGCAGAGUGUCCAGCUGAAUGCUGCGAUUGUCGCUUGUCAUGAGAUGCUUCCUGGCUGUUGUCCGUGUCCAUGAGCUGAGCAGUCGGGGAGAGGGCCUAUUAUUUUCUAUUUAAACGGGGUCCGUCCCCCUUCGUGCCUCCUGCUUCCUGCUUCUGUUCUGUAUCUUUCAUUCGUUCGUGAUUCCUCGUGAGGUGAUUUUGCUUCUUCGUUCCCUUCCCUUCCCUUCCCUUCCCUUCUCUUCAUCAUCAUCAGCAUCAUCAUCAUCAUCGUUCUGCAAGGGUGAUUCGAAUCGGUUGGAACCAUGGUGACCUUGGAACAGCAUGUGGUUCGGUCCGGGAAGGUCGGGGAUCAGAGUGUCGAGGAUUUUCUCGAAAUGCUGGAAGAAGAGGGGUUCAGGCGAGAAGAUCCAUACGACCCGGAAACGAUGGCCAAGUACCUGCCGAAGGGAUGGAAAGACCACUGGAAGGUCAAGUACGCCGCAGUUUUCUCCAAACCCCGGCAACUGCGAUUCGGAAGGCCAGGCAUGGAGGAGUUUCUGGCCUGCGUAGAGAACGUGAUCGGGAACCUAGAGCAGCGAGUGGCAAGCAGCUUCAUCUUCAGGACCGUGUUCUACGUGCUGCUCUACACUUCCGUCUUCGACGUGAUCAGAGUCACUCUCCUCACCGCAGAUCAGCUAUGGCCCUUCGAGAUCCUGACUUCCUUCAACGAUCCCGUCGUCGCCAUGUUCACUGUCCUCAUCGCCCUGCCGCUGUACAUUUUCUUCUUCCUGUAUCGCCUCAUCUGCCCGCUCGUCGUCUCCUACUCUCUCUACAAGCUCGUUCGUCACCCGGAAAGCUACAAACACUAGGAACGCAUCGGAACAGGCCGCCGCCGCCUCGUUCAUGCUCUCAGCUCUUCGCGAGAAUUUCGCUCUCGAUCUGAAAUACCCCGUUCAUACUGUUACGGGACAUAUUAUAAAUUGGUAGCCACCCGGAGCGAGCUCAGUGUGGGAACAUUCGGUUCAGCAAAAGCCGCACCGACUGUCAAUGUAUAUGAGGACGAUCUCCGCACUGCUCGGCGAGCUUCUUAGGAUCAUCCGCCACGAACAGAAGGGCGCUGAUGGCUUCAGGGGAGGUUGAAUGACGAUGGGAGGAUGAUCAGGUUCUUCCCUCGGUUCCUUGCCGAGCAGCUGCUCCGGAGGGAAUUCAGGUGGAUAAUUGUCUAGGAUAGAAUUUUUUAGGAAGGUGGAGUGGUUCGGAGGCAUUCAGACUGUGUACUUUUUUCCAGGAGCUCUUCAGAAGCAUCAACUGCUUCUGAAGAUGGAGAUGUGCACCGAGCCAGCAGACAGUCUACUCCACCUCUCUUUGUAUCUAAGGAAACGCGCAAUCACCGAUUCGGUCGCCGUAUUCUUCGAAGUGCACCGUGUGGAAGGUAUCGAGUGAUACACUUCAAUGAGCGCCAUGUAUGAAUAAUUCGUGCAUUCUCCCGCAUCUUGAUGAUCGGCAUCAGGUCUCUUUCAACCCUUUUAGAAUUGAUGACUAUCCUCACUGCUCAGCGAAGCGUCUAGAAUUAUGUGCAAGAGUUGCAAGUGGCUGCCGCCUGGACGGAUGCCAAUUUCUUAUCACUCAUUUGUAGAAACGUUGGAUUGGCAGGCGGUUCCCAGCCGAAGUUGGAAUCUCCUCUAGCGAGGAUCAUUGUGAAAUUGUUUGCAGUUGAACAUUGCAAGAGCUACUGAUUUCAUUUGUGCCUUACUAUUACAAAGCACGCUAGUAAAGCACAUUCUUGUAUAUUUCACC